CUAAGUCCAGCUAAACUCUGAAUGGGUUGGAUAUAGAGGUGUGUUUUCCACGCGAUAUUCGACACCAGAAGCUGAAUUCAGCAUAAAUCCAAACCCGGUGCAGAGCUGCAUUAGUGAACCAGAGGAGACCGAAGAGAAGUUCAUUCACAUCUUGGAUGUAGAGUUUAAGAGCACGUUGCUCUCAGGAAGCUUGUUAGUCACUCCGAUCUCACAUAGGAGCUGAAUGAGCGCUUUUAAGCUGCCGGAGAAGAUCCGAGGAGAUCCCACACACACCGAGACGCUGUUCUCCAAAGUUCCAUCUCCCGAAGGUCAAAGGUCACGUCACCAUGAGUCGCACAUGGCUAAGAGGACUUACUCUGGUUUUUUUAUCCCAGAGCGCUUUCUCCAUGACUCUCUUUAACGCCACGGAGCUGAGCUCUCUGUUGGAAAAAUAUGCUGAUGAAAACGUAGCAAAACCGAGAGGGAAGCGGGCAAUCAGCGCCAUCGAUAAACAAGCCAUCCUGGACCUGCACAACAAACUCCGAGGUCAAGUUUAUCCACCAGCGUCCGAUAUGGAAUACAUGGUUUGGGAUACUGAAUUGGAGAGAUCUGCUGAAGAAUGGGCUGAGACAUGUUUAUGGGAACACGGACCAGAAGGCUUGCUUAAUUACAUCGGCCAGAACCUAGGAGUUCAUUGGGGAAGGUAUCGCCCUCCUACAUCUCAUGUUCAGGCCUGGUACGAUGAAGUUAAAGAUUAUUCCUUCCCAUAUCCUCAAGAGUGUAAUCCUUAUUGCCCAUUCAGAUGUUCAGGGCCGGUGUGUGCUCACUACACACAGCUUGUCUGGGCAACCAGCAGUCGAAUCGGUUGUGCCAUUAACGUGUGCUAUAAUAUGAACGUCUGGGGACAAAUCUGGACGAAGGCUGUUUAUUUGGUCUGCAAUUACUCACCAAAAGGGAACUGGUGGGGAAGUGCUCCAUAUAGACACGGUACACCAUGCUCAGCAUGUCCACCCAGCUAUGGAGGAGGAUGUAAAGACAAUCUGUGCUAUAAAGAUGACAAUCAAUACUAUUACGAGGAGACGGAGGAAGACAACAUCAUCGAACCUGAAGCACCGAUCACGACAAGACGCCCCGACACACACUCACACACACACAGCAUCACUGUUCUGAGCACCGAACAGAUGUCACAACUCGUAACAUGUGACACGAAACUUCGAGACCAGUGUAAAGGCACGACAUGUAACAGGUAUGAAUGUCCAGCCGGAUGUUUGGACAGCCCUGCAAAAGUGAUCGGGACUGUGUAUUACGAAAUGCACUCGAGCAUCUGCAGAGCCGGUCUUCAUUACGGAGUGAUCGAUAACAAUGGCGGCUGGAUGGACGUCACAAGAAUGGGCAGGCAGGAGUUUUUCAUCAAAUCAUACAAAAAUGGAGUCCAGUCUCUCGGGAAAUAUCAGAGUGCCAACUCCUUCACUGUGUCCAAAGUGUCCAUACAAGUUAUUACAUGUGAGACUACAGCGUCUACAUUGUGCCGCUAUGAAAGCCCUGUUAAACACUGUCCCAGAAUCUACUGUCCGCAAAACUGUCUGCAAGAACACCCUCAAGUCUCCAGAGUCAUCGGGACCAGAGUCUAUUCAGAUAAAUCCAGUAUCUGCAGAUCAGCAAUUCACGCCGGCGUGAUAAAGAGCGAACAGGGCGGCUACAUUGACGUGAUGCCAGUGGAAAACAGGCUGUACUAUUCCGGCUCGUAUCAAAACACCGUUUCGUCUGAGAGCAUGCAGAACCCUCCAGGAGGAAAAGCGUUCCGAGUGUUUGCGGUCAUUUGAGCGCAUCCCGAACUCUAAUCACUUUUUUUUUCUUCUUCUGGUGGUUGUUUACACGAGCGAUUACUUAGCUAAGUACAGUCAGAAGGUGGAGAAGAAUGAGGAGAUCUGUACAUAUUUGCUAUUUUUUGUUCAGUCCGUUUCGCGGAAGUUGUGUGCAUUGUUUUGUCUUUGUGAUGUUCUCAUCCUGAAUCUGAAGCAUUUAAUUAGAGGACGAUACAGGGAAUAUAAUAUCCAAAAGGUCCAAAAUUCUGUGUAUGCUACUAGAAUGGUUUUCUCAUGUUACUUCACAAAAAAAAAAAAAAAAAAAAAAAAAAAAAAUUCCAGAUCACUGGGUUCUUGUUGGCUAAAAGGCAAAACAUAUCAAGUUUUAAUGCGUUCAUAUUCAGAUGUACUCCAAUUUCACACAGAUGUAUUGUUUGCGAUGUAUUAUCAUUAUUAAUAAUAAUAAUAAUAACUAUCAGUUACCAAAUACCGUAUUAAAAUACAUAAGCUGUGUGUAAUACGUAGCUGAUGAAUUAUUUGGUAGUGCACUCAGACUUUUGGACCUCACUUUAUAUAACAUCAAGUCACGUAAAGCAUUAUUCUUCUUUGCGGAGGUUAGUACUUGCUCCCAUUGAGAAAAUGAGACAUGAAAAGUAAAUCCCUCUACAGUUGAGCAAUAUGUUUGACAUAUUGGGCCGUAUUUACAGUCGGUGACUUAUAGAUGAAUUUUUCUCGCGAAAAUCUGUAAGGAAGUUAAUUUUUCAAUAAUGUCCAUAAAAAACUCCAUAAAAAAUUCCAUUUCCAUAAAAAAACUUUUUGGCCUAAUACACUAAACAACAGAAAAUGCUCAUUUUUUUUAUAUAUAUAUAUAUAUAUAUCAAUUACAAUAUGAUACAUCAAAUUAAGAUACAGUUUAAAAAAAUGUAUAUUAAUUGGAUAAUAUAUGUACCAUAAGAAGGCAAAAAAAAUUCAAUAAACAACCGAUAGUGGCAUAAUAUAGUCCUUUGAACAGUUUGGCUUAAUUUAGCCUGGGUUCAUUACCUGGUGGCCAAACUAUAAAAUAUCCCUCUGAAACCACAAGACUAUACUGCAAAUACUGACACACUACUAAAAUGUUAAAUAAGCAGUCCCAAUUGCAAAAGUAAUAUUUUUCUACUUGAGUAGAAGUAUGGAUGGGUAGUGUAAAAAAACAAAAAAACAAAAAAAAAAACAAAGAAAAACACUCAAUUAAAAGUACAAGUUUGGUGAAUCUACUUUAGUAAACGUCAAAAAAAAAAAAGUAUCAAUACUUAAAUAUACUCAAGUAUUAAUCAAAAUUGGGAACCCAGAUAUGAAUUUAUAACUAAUUAAUAUUCCUGCUCUGUUGGUAUACAGAAAAUAUAUCUGUUGAAUACAAGUCUGGCAUUAAAAAUAAAAAAAUAAUUUAAAAAAAAAAAAAAAAAACCUAGCUAGGAUGUGUACUAAACUGUACUAAACUCUAAAACUUUAUUUUUUAGAUUUGUUGGCAAAUUGCCUUUACUCAAUAAAUAGCAAAGUCGUGUGCAGUUUCAUUUUGACGUUGAAGUGAAUUUGAUUUUAAAAUGCGAUAGCAGCUAAGCACGAGAAAAUUAGACUAAACUAAAUCAUGGCAUUAAAGGUCAAAAUGAAAUGUAAGGAUUAAAACGUUUUGGGGGGGUUUUCAAGUAUUAUUCAUCAAUAAUAGUGGCAAAAAAUAUAUAAUUUUUUUUUUUUUUUUUAAAUUUAAUUAAAUUAAAACAAAAAAAAAAUUUAAAAAAUCUUUCCAAAUAGCACUUACAGUAACAACGUACAAUUACUCAAGUAUUUCCCCCCCCUGUCCGGUUCUCUCUAUGAAAGGUACUAUUUAAACAAUGUAAAGAAAGUGAGAAAAGUGUGAACGAUUUAUACAUUUUUUUUUUUUUUUUACUUCAUAGUGUCAUAUAUGUGCCUGUACAUUACUCAAAACACCAAUUUCAAUAUGAAACGUUGUAUAACAAAUAGCAGGAAAGUGGCAUAGGACAUAAUAACAACCUUGGCUGGAGUAGAUAACUAUACAUAUGCUAUACUUUACAACCACCUGUCCAGGCAGGGAUUACGCCUAUCGUUAAUUCCAAAUGUGCCCAAUUUCCAUAUGAACACCUCACUAUCACAUCAUGCUCUUAACUCUCAACUCUGAAUAUUAAUCAAGCAUAUGUAAUAAUAUCUGCUUAUACUGUUUUAAUAUGCGGUCCAGUUUGCAGUCCUUUUGAUCUCCUGCUUUGGUAAAAGUCUAAAUUGUAGCUAUCUGAUGAAACAACGUUCUCAAUUAUCCACAAGGGGACGCAUACCUUUGAGGAUUUUCCGUUCGACUGUACUGUGAUCUCCUUCUUUUGUAAAAGUCUGAAUUCUAGCUAUCUGAUGAGAUAAUAUUCUCACUUAUCCACAAGGGGACACACCUCUGAGGAUUUUCUGUUAGAGAUUGUACUAUGGAGGAAGUCAGCUGUGACGUCCCCCGAUUAUGGCACAUGUUUAGGACAUACGUUCUCAAAAAAAAAACAAAAAAAAACAAAAAAAAAAGGGUUUUUUUUUUUUUUUUGGUCAUUGUUUAUGUAUUUUUAUAUCUCCGUACAGCUGCUAAGUAUUUGUUUUUUCUUUCUACCUGAGGUAUUGUAAAUUAGAAUAAUGAUUAUAUUCCUGCAGAGCAGGAAACUAUAUUUCAAUAAUUUUCAUAAGAAAAAAAAAAAUACAAUAUUGUACUUUAAUGCCAUUAAACAUUAUGUAAAUAUUCUUUGUUUCUAUAGUUGCACACAAGUUAGAAAUAUAAUUUAACUUAGUAGGUAACAAAUAAUGCUGUCUGGUAUUUGGUAUUUAGGCUUGAUGCUAUUUCUGUACACGAUAUGUUCUUUUCUGACAUUGUUUUCAGAACAAGACUUUAUUAAUCCCA